UUUGGUCAUACGUGUGGCAGCGGAGUGUGAAUCUUAUGAUCGCCGCUCACUCAGUGGUCAUAACACACUCGGUGAGGAUGGACUCAAUAUCUGUGUCUUUCUUCGUCAAGUCCCUCGUUGCCGGGGGGUUUGCGGGGAUGUGCGCCAAAAGCACCGUGGCGCCCUUGGACCGCAUCAAGAUCCUGCUGCAGGCACAUAACAAACAUUACAGGCAUGACGGAGUGGUGAGCGGGCUGCGGAACAUCGUGGCGCGGGAGAACGUGUGGGCGCUGUACAAGGGGAAUGGGGCUCAAAUGGUCCGCAUCUUCCCCUACGCCUCCACACAGUUCACCUCUUUCGAAUUCUACAAGAAGCUUCUGAACAACUCCUGGGGACAUAACAAGUUCCUCAGUAAGACCACCUCGGCAGUGGCAGGCUCCAUGGCUGGAGUGACGGCCGUCUUCCUCACCUACCCACUCGACACCAUCAGGGCCAGACUAGCAUUCCAGGUGUCAGGCGAACAUCUUUACUCCGGCAUCGUCAACGCAGCUGUCACUAUUUUUCAGACGGAAGGAGGGAUGCGUGCCCUGUACCGUGGCUUCACAGCGACAGUGUGCGGCAUGAUCCCCUAUGCCGGCCUCAGCUUUUACUGUUUUGAGCAGAUGAAGUACCUCUGUAUGCUGUGGUUACCUCACUACACCUGCAAACCCUGCCCAAAAAAUACAGGAGGGCUGGUGCUGACAGUGCCUGCAAAACUCUUCUGUGGUGGGCUGGCAGGUGCCGUGGCCCAAAGCUUCUCCUAUCCUUUUGAUGUCACACGGCGGAGGAUGCAGCUGGCCUGGAUGAAUGAGGAGACACGGAAGUUCGGAAUGGGCAUGGUGGACACCCUGAAGCUGAUCUACCGGGAGAACGGCAUCAUGCGGGGCCUGUACCGUGGCAUGAGUAUCAACUACAUGCGAGCCAUUCCCAUGGUGGCUGUGUCCUUCUCCACAUACGAGGUGACCAAGCAGCUGCUGGGCCUUGACACAGGGCUCAGCAUCAAGGCUGGAUAACCCUCACCACUGCUAAUGGGACCACCUCCAAGGUUUCUCUGAUAGAAUUUAAGGAGAAAGUUUAUAUUAUGCUACAUGAUUAUUUUUCUAUGAUUAAUUGCUUGAUUGUGAUUGAUCUGAUGUGCUGCAGCAAUGAUGUCUUAAUGCAUUACCAAGAAAGUGCAUAGAAUUUAUAGUUUUUUUUUACUGUUUUUCAUUAAAAAAAAAUUGCAUUUUUCAAGUACUUGUUUUGAGAUCUGCAUUAUGUUGAGUCUUCCCCAAAAAUGCCAGUUUACAUCCUCCCAAAGUAGUGAUGUCACAAGUCUAGUGAAUUGCACAUCUAUAGGUUGAUUAGAAAUUGAUGGGCUAAUGAACUUGUCUGUAUUAAGAGUUCCAUAAAGAUCAAGAGGAGCUGGGGACACCAUAGAGGGAGGUAGUUGCCUGAUAUUUUUUAUUCAAGCAUUUUGUAGAAUGGGACAUCACCUUUUUGGCCAACUGUACAUGAAGUUGCUGAUGCCAAAAAAUUAAAAUGUUCUCAUUCAUCACAGAAGACAAAUGACCAAGACAAAUGUGUGUACUAUUUUGAAGGAGAGUUUUGUAUUGGGUCAGUGAAGUGGUAAUGAAUGAAACAAUCUACUCCAAUUUUGCUACUAAAUCAACAGGGAGUCAUUUUAUUGAUAAUCUUCCUUAGUCUGCUUCCAUCUCUAAAGAAAAUUCUGUAUCUUCCUGUAUAGAAAUGUUCUUUAUGGCUUUUACCUCAGGCAUGCCACCAAACUGAAUGGUGUAGUUGCUUAUUUGUCUAAUAUUAUGACUUAUUAUUGAUAUUGAUUUUAAUUUACUCUGUGUGUGUGAAGGAUGGGGUAUGUGCAUUUUUAAGCCUUGACCCAGCCUCCUUUAUUCAUGUAAGUUAUUAACUUGGCAUAGAAUAUAAUUUAGUUGUAGUAGUUAUAGUAAUAAUCAUUGUUGUUGUAGUAAUAGUAUUUAAGCAAAGAUAUUUCUCAUAAAUUGUCCAAACCUUUCCUUUUAAUAUUGGAAUUUCAACUCUAGUACUUCUUUUUUACUACUUGUUAUGUGUGUUGUGUAAUUACCUAUUUAAUUUUGAUAUGAUUAGGAGGACUUUGUGAUAUUAGAAAUCAAAUGAUGUGUUAUUUUUAAUGAGUUAAGAAAGCUGCUGAUUGUGGUGUUUGUUCAUCAUUGUUUGUACCCAUUGGUAUUGCACUAAGGAAAGCUAGGUAGGAUAUAGUGGACAAAAUGUAUUUAAAUUUCUCUUCUUUCUCUAGGCAUCUUCUGUUACAUCUUUGUUGAGCUGAUGUGUCUGCAGGUCUCCUCCACCAGGCACACUCAGGCAUCCUUCUCUUGACAGCUUUCCUUUCUCUACGAAGUCCUCCCGUAUGAACACAUUUAAACCAGCUACAGAAUAGAAUAGCACUUUUUGGUGACAUGGAGUUAGGUGCUGAAUAUGAUUUCUUUUCCAGCUUCGGAUUUUUGUAGUAGAUAAUCCUUGUGUUGUGGACUUUAAGCUCUGUGGCUCAUACUUCUCAACUAUUUUAUUCUCUCAUUAGGACUAUAUUCACAAGCUACAGAGAUGAUUAGUCAUGUUCCCAUCAGUAGGAUGUAGGAUUUUUGUUGAACUGUUAUUAACUAGAAUCAUGAAAAUACUCUUGAAAAUCCAUAUAACUUCCAGUAGAGCCUGUUAGAGAGUAAUGAAGAUAAGACACCAAAAUAUUCAGGAUUUAAUAUUUCUGGGAUUUAAAAGAGUAUCAGGUAUCCAUCCUUAUCAUCAAAGAGUUAGUCUAGAGUGGUGCUGGUAAGGAGAAAGAAAUGCAUGCUGUGUAGUGAGUCUAGGGUAUGAGUUAAAUAAUGACAACACUUUAGACAUUAAUGCACUGCUAGAAGAAUGCAGAAGUGUAUUGAGUUAUUUAUUACUGCUGUAUGUGAGAAAGAAAUAUUUUGAAGUCUCCUUUCAUCUUUUAUGGGUCUGUAUUUUUUGUGGUGGCAGCCUGGCUUCAUUCUCUCUGCAGGAUAAGUCAGGCUUUUGUCAGUAUGUCACACCUGCUGUUUACAAAAGGCUCCUAUCAUGUAAAGAAGAGGGAUGAAGAAUUAUGUGUUGCCUACAAUUAAAGCUGAUUUUUUAAAUACAGAGUGAUGUUGAGAUAGAGUACUUAAUGCUACAUGCCUCUCAAGGAACAUAGAUUGUACGUACUUAGGUAACUGUUGCAUUGAAUAUUCUUUAUUACUCUUUUUUUGCAUUUUGAGCCUAUAGCAUCUGGCAUAUUUUUUGUAGGUUUGGAGGGUGUCCCUUUCUUUGUUAGUGGAGGCAAGAUUUUUUAAGUGACUUAUGUAGAGACUCAUCCUGCUGUUCAGUGCUCCUUGCUACACUCCUCAUCAAAAGCAGCUUGAUGGCAUGGUGUGAGUGAUCCAGGAGCACUUGAUGACAGCAUCAAAUGGACAGCUUCCAGUGGGACACAGUCUUGCAGCUCACUGUUUACUGUUUUCUUGUGCUGGUCACUCACUUGCCCAUUGCCUCCCAACAUGGUCAUAGUGAUUCCAUAUUUGUAUCUUUCUAGGAGUGGAUUACAUAAUUUUUAGAGCUUAUUUUAUUUAUUUAAUUAUUUGUCUUGUGAAUUGAUUGUCUGACAGGUUGAAUAUUUGGCACUGUAGAGUCAGGCAGAAAUUGGUGAACUUGCUCCAUCAUGAAGUGUGUGCCACCUGUGAAGUGUGAGGGCAGUCCUGUGCACUGGUCAUAUGCACGGGUUUCAUAGUGCAUGGAAAAGUAUGCCAUCGGUGUUCUCAUCUUAAUUAUAUCAACUGCUAAACAUGAUGGAACUGUACUUUUCCAGAUUUGCUGGCAAUUUUCUUCAUUAUUUUCUCAACAUCAUUGUAGUCUCUUUUUAAAAUAUUGACAGUAAGAAGUUGAGUAACCCUCAGCACUCACUUCCUUUGUGUUUUACCUCCUUUCCCUAAGCAUUGUGUCUCAUGAUUUGCUGACAUUCUUACAGAAUGUAACACUUAAUAUUUUCUCAGCAUAUCAGAGGACUUCAGUUUGUGAAAAUGCAACACCCAGUGGAAAUGAGGGCAGAUAUGUUACUAGACUUUUAAUCCUGAUUGCAUAUAAUUGUGUAGUUGUGUAUCUUUCUGAGCAGUCUCCAUGUGGCCUGAACAUUGUGUUGCAUUAAAGCUCCACACACAGUGUGUACUAAAUUAUGGAAGGUGUUGUUGAAUUAUUUCUAGUUAGAUUAAGUUAUGUAAUGGUUGAGCUGGUAUGGUAGAAAUAAGUAAGUGAUCUGAGAUUAUAUUUUUUAUAGAUGUGCAUGUUGUAAUUGUUGUUGAUGUAUUAAGAGUAUAUGUUGGUAUUUAAUCAGUGAAGCAUUUUUGUGUGUUGCAUUUUGUGAGCUUGACUGUACAGUUGACAAGUCCUCUCUUUGUCCUGCAGCCUCCCUCCUGGCGGGGCGCUGGCUGCAGGAACACACCCAUUGCACCCAUCUCAUCCAUACUGUCACCAGGCCAGUGUCAGGAAUGGGAUGUUGUCUUGCUUUUCUGUCACUCACUUAUUUAAAAUUUGUUCACCUUACUUGAUAGACUGAACACUGAUUUUUGUGUAUAAUAUGUGACAUUUUCAUUAUAUUUAUUGUAGUUUCCUGUUUCAUGCCAUUGCAGUACUCAAGUAUUCUUUUUCUUCUUUGUUUUUCUUCUCCAUGUGGAAGUAAGAUAUUACAGAAGGAAGACCAUCAUCUUUUAUAUCUACAUAUUAUCACUCAUAAGUUGCCCAGGUAAUUUCAUGGUGAUUUUUGGAUUUUUACUCUGAAACAGAUUUUUAAUUACUUG